CUUUACUUUUUUUAUACGAUGGAUCAUCUAUACCAAUUGCUUUGUAUACCAAAACCCCCUCGAGUUCAACUCAGUGAUCUCAAGUCAGGUAACUUUGACCAGUUCCUUAAUACCUCGAUGCGUACUUCAGGUAGCAUCCAUAAGGACCAACAACUCAAAUAUGAUGCCACUCAGGAACUGACUCAAUUGCUCGGUUCAAAAAGCCACAGUCCUAAUAAUACACUCCGUAUUAUCAACACCAUGUUCGAAAGUGCCUCUAAAGCAUGCCAUUUAGAAAGAGAGCGUGCCUUGAUUGAUUGGCUUCAAGUGUGUGUCUCGACAGCUGUCCAAUAUAAUCUGGAUCCAAGCCGCCUUGAGACUGAAAAACCUAAGCCUCGUUCUGAACCUGCCAAGAAGAAAACUAAUGACAAGGAAGAAGCUGAGACAGAUGUCUCUUGGGAAGAAGAUGAUGGCGAAAGGUAUGAGUAUAUUGGUGAUUCGGAUGACGAUUAUAUGCCUUCAGGCAAUGACGCCGAUGGUGUAGUACCUAAACAAAAAAAGACAAGAAAGAGUGGUACAAAAACGUCACCUAAAAAGGCACCUCGUAAGAAGAAGAACCAAGACCAAGAAGUCCCUUCAAGUCCUCCCAAGACAUCAAAACAAGCUGUUAUUCCUGUUCUUGAUGAAGGUGCUGGUCCUAAAGCACUUCAGAAAUAUUUUGCUGAUCUUGAGUCUAAAGAUGUUUUACCCAAGUCCACUUCUGCUCUCGCUCAGGGUUAUUUUGUACGUUCCUUCUUUUUCCCUUCCAAAGAUAGUUUUAAUGCCUUUUUGUCUGUAUUGAAUUCUGCUACCAAGACAAUUGAUAUAUGUGUGUUUGCUUUUACAGAUGAUGAUGUAGCUGAUGCACUGAUCGCUGCUAAAAAGAGAGGAGUGAGUAUUCGCAUUAUCACAGACAACCAGCAAGCAGCAGGUAAAGGUGCUGAUGCUAAACGACUUCAAGAAUCGUAUGGUAUUCCUUUCAAGACAGACAAUACUACUGGUUAUAUGCAUAAUAAAUUUGCCAUUAUUGAUAGUGCUACCCUGAUUAACGGUAGUUUUAACUGGUCCAAGGGUGCUCGCUUCAAGAACAGAGAAAAUGUUAUCAUCACAAAUAUUCCUCUUUGUAUCAAGGAAUUCCAAGGUCAAUUUGACACUUUGUGGCAAGAGUUUUAA